GUUUGGAUAGUUCAACUUUCACCUCCCACUGGGUGGAGUAGAGGCUUAAAAGACAAAGUGGAAUGUAGUUGCUGGCAGUGUUUUGCUGCAGACUGCUGUGUCUCUACCAAGCGAAGGCUGGUGAAAGGGGAAAACAAGCUGUACAAGGGAUCAACGGCUGCCUCUGGAACAAUUUAGUGCUAUAAAAAGCAAAAAAAAGUUUAAGGAGUCGGACCACAGAUCGUAGUGAGGGUUGCAACUAUGGAGGAAGAUGCAGUUCAUGUAGAAAAGAACAAUGAGGAGUUUCAAAAGAGCGAUGAGCACGAAAGUCAGGAGUUGGUAGCACCUGGCCACAGUCCUGCAGAGUCUCCAAGUUCCAGUCCUACACCCCAGCAGCAUGCGGUGGACCCCAUCAAGGACAGCAAUCAGGUCAACGCCAUCACCGUCCUCACCCUGCUGGACAAACUGGUGAACAUGCUGGAUUCGGUGCAAGAGAAUCAGCAAAAAAUGGAAAAAAGGCAGAUUGACAUAGAAAACUCGGUGAAGGGUAUCCAGAAUGAUAUCACCAAGCUGUCAAAGAGUCACACCUCCACCAGCAACACUGUGAGCAAACUCCUGGAGAAGUCUCGCAAGGUCAGCGCUAACAUGAGGGAUGUCAAGGAUCGCAUGGACAAGCAGAGCAUUCAGGUGAAGAAAUUGGAGAACAACCACACCCAGCUGCUCAGAAGAAACAACUUUAAAGUCCUCAUCUUCCAGGAAGAAAAUGAAAUACCAGCAAAUGUCUUUGUGAAAGAGCCAACACCUGUUCCCAGCAUAACUGAAGGGCAUGAAGAGCCCACUGACCCAAACAAAUCACAAGAGGAGACCAUGCACACAAUCGAUCUGUCAUCUGAUGAUGAAGUCAACCUAGAGGAAGAUGAUGAAAUCAUAGAUGAAAAGUUGGAGAAAACCAGAGCUGAGAAAAUAAAAAGAUCCAGUCUCAAAAAAGUUGAUUGUCUGAAAAAGGCAUUUUCACGUCAAAAUAUUGAGAAGAAGAUGAACAAGAUCAGCACCAAGAUUGUGUCACCAGAAAGGAGAGAAAAAAUCAAGAAGUCUUUCACUCCCUCCCAUAAUAAAUCUUCAAAAGGUUCAUCAUUCAAAGUUGUGCCGAUCACUUUUAAUGUGAAGAAAAAACAUAAUGAGGAAGAGACUCCCGGAGAGGGUGAAGAAAAGCCAUCUGAAGAAGUUAUAUCAGAACAAGAUGUGAAUGCAGUUGAUGUAGAUCUUUCAAAUGAGAAGACACCUGAGGUUUCACCAAGUGAAGAAAUAAAAGCAGUGGUUGAUUCAACAGAAAAAGAAUCCAAGUCUGAAGAACAUCAAGUAGUGAAUAACAGCAUUGAGCUGUCUAUAAUUGAAGAUGAUGAUGAUGAAAAGGAACUGGAACUUGACAGUGAGAAUCCAUUUAGCUCUGAAUAUAAGCCAGCACCCGAAGAAAUGGAAGAAACUUAUGAAGAACCCAAACAUUCAACUGCACUUCAGAUAGACCAAAGUGCCUAAAAGUGGUCUCAGUGUCCAUGUAUCUAACUCAAUUUGCUAAAUCACAUAAGAAUGUUGUCUUUUUGCAAUUUUUUUGUUGAACUAGAGGUGAUGUGCAUGUUAUAGAAGCAAACAGCACAUUUUAGAUGGGAAGAAAUAUUUAGAUGAGAAUCUGUAACAACCACUUAACAGUAGUUACAAUAACCAAAAGUGCAUUACGCUACUAUUGUCACUACAACAUAAACAACACUUUGGUAAUUGGAAGUCGGUCACACUGAUUUUCUUCCUAUUCAUAAAAAUACUUUUCAAAGCUGUUUAUAUCUUAGAUAAUUUCUUUUUCAUGUAUUGCGUAUUCAUUUUUGCACAGAGACCUUACAUCUUCGUAUUUAACAAUGACAACAGAGUAUAUGGUUUUAAAAAUAAGCAAGAUUUAACAUUCAAGCAUAAAAAGCUGACUUUCAGACCAAGGACAUCCUGAAGUUAAGGUCAAUGUCUACCUUACAGCAGUAUUGACCUUGAUGGCAUUAAUUCAGCACAAAAACUGGGACCAAUAUUCAAAAUAACAUGGCUAUUUUAUCUCUUACAUUGAUAAUUGGGUUGGGAUUUUUAAGUAUCUUUUAUAACCAAUUAAAGUAUUCAUUACCGACGAACCCAGUAACAGCUAUGGCCUCUUUGCUUCUUCAACAGACAGAUUUUCCGUAUAAAUACAUGAGCUGUGAUCCUUUCUAUUUGUCUUAUGACAAUGUAUUUCUCUAGUACAAUAACAAGGCUGUACACUUUUUAUUUUAAUAGUUGUACAGAAAAAAAUAUAUAAGAUAUGAACAAUAGAAAAGUAUAAAGAAAGAAAGGAAAUAACAAAACACAUUAUUUUUAAAUAGACACAUCCCCGAACCUUCACUGCUUUGUAUUAAUGAGCGUUUUAAUUAAACACCAGAAUUUAUAUACUUGAUAUACAAAUAUAUAUAUAUUUAUGUAUCUUGUUCAGUAAAUGUUACAUCUUCUGUUAACUACUGUAGUUUUUUUACUUUCUUUUAGUAAGGAAUUUUGGUGUAUUCUGUUGGGAACUGACUGAGGUUGAUUUUUAGCAGUAUGCAUCAAGCUGGCUGUGUCCUUUUUUGAAUGGGCAUGAUAUUGUAUCUUACAACAGAUUAUAAUAUAUACAGUUAGUAGUAAUACUUAAUGUUUUCUUUAAUGAAAUGAAUUAACUAACAUUUUGUUAGAAUGAUCACAAUUAUAUUGCCUGCACUCGUGGUCAGAAGCUUCUUGUAUAUUUAAUGAACAUAUAAAAAAUAAGAAACAUCUGUGAAGCAGACAAGCAUCAUUGUUUAAAAUACAGCAUUAAAAACAUCUUUCCCAAAACCAUUAAAUGUCCAAACCAUUCAAAGAAAUAAUUAUUUAGUUAUGCAACAAUUUGCCUCAUUAAUAUUUUUUCCAGGGAAAAAAAUCCCUGUUUGUUUUUUUAAAAAAAAUAUGAAUCCAUUAGAGCAAACUUGCUCAUGUUUAUGUGGUUAAACAAAACUGUCUCACUGGCACAAGAAGAAAAGAAAGGGUGCACGCUCAAUCGGUUAGCCCCCAAAGCAUACACACACAAUACUAAUAAUAACACGCUGCACCAUCCAAUAAUGUAUACAUGUGCAGCACAACAUUAUUAUUCAUGUUGAUUUGCUUAAAAGAGUAUAGUGUUCAGUUUAUGCUUUAUGUAAGUGAAACAGCAUCUUUGAUGGAACUAAAUAUGAGGCAUUUGAUGAAUUAUCACAAAAUAGGAAUAAAUAAUAUUUUUACAUUGUAAAGUAGGUAGUAGCAGGUGGCAUUUAGUAAGUAGUCCUAAAUUAUCCUAUAGAUUUGCUUUUGAUUUUUCGAGCAACCGAGCAUUUGAAAUGUUCUGAAAAGCUAUUUCACUUGUCCAAGCUACUUGUGGAACACUGAUAAGACUCAAUUGCAUCUUGUAACACUGCAAGCAAAUGCUUGUUAAUAAGUUUUGGUAGGACAUAAGAUGUAAAUAUUCACUGAGGGCGUUAUUCACUGAUCCCUGAGCUUAGGAAGUAAGUUAUGAAGGAGCUGAAUUUACCAGUCUAUGCAUCUUAAAGCACUAGUCCAGUGUCCAUUUGAAUAACAUUUUCCUGGACCAAGAAAUAAGCGCACAUGUCUUGUUGGAGUUAUGAAAUGAGACUUCAGUCUACUUUUCCUCUUCUGCAUAACUCCAUAAAAAAAAGAAUUCCAGUAUGCAUUCAAAAUUUUGAAAGGAAUGGGGACCAGAUUGUCUCUUUAGAUAUAACCUGGCUUAUUUUGCCAGAAACGUUUCACCAUGGUAUUAAAAACGCAUGUUAACUAUGUUAAAUUCCUAUUAAGCUUAGUGAUGAACUGGUAUUGCAAUUGAAUUAUGCCGUGUUUUGUGAUAAUUAAGAGAUGUGAUUAGAAGGGCACUCAAAGUCUGGGACAAGAACACCAAAAAAAGCAUGUGAAAUAAUGCGCAUAUCCAACUGGAUAAUCAUAUGUAGAUAUGUUGUUGAAGGAGGCCACCUAGCCAAACUUUCCAGCUACCUGCAAAGCCUAAAUAAUGAUGUUGGAGAUAUCCUGCUCACUUCAUUGUAAAUUCUUCACAAUUUGUACUUGUUUUUCACAUUAUUUAUGCUAGUCGGUGUUAUAUUCAUCAUUUAUCACUUUUUUCACUUUCAUAGAGUCUUCUUUGUUUUACAUACUCACUUUGUUCACCAUAUAAACUAAAAACAAACCUCGAUCUAGCCAGUUUUUAUAUUUCCUGGCCAAAAUCUAUAUUAUUUGUUUCAUCAAUUUAUGUCUAAAAGCUAAUGGAGGUUAAAGAAAAUUCAAUUUCUGUAUUGUAAUAUAAUCCAAGUAAAUCCAUAAUAAAAAAAUAUAUAUAUAAAAAGAAACAUUUUACAUUAUGGUUCAAUAUAUGUAAUAUAUUCUAUUGAAUACCUGUGUUUAUUUGGAUGCAUUGGUCAAUGUCCUGUGAUGGGAUCAUUACCUGAAUAAUGAAAGCAGAAAUUGGUGGAUCUGGCUGGAGGAUGGGUUGUAUGUGCGAGGAAAGUGGACACAUUACAGAAGUCAGGGGGAGGAUUUACAAGCCAUGAUAACCAAACAUGUAGUCCAGACAUUCACGUUGUGAAUAGCAUGGGAUUUGGGUAUAUGAGAAUUAUGCAACUUGACAAUGUCUAAAAAAAAUGAGUAGGAAUGUGUUUAAGAGAAGAUCAUGUAAGUCAACUGAAAGUCAGUGUGGAAAGGAAGUAGACUUAUUCAACUCUGUUGAGCAUGUAUUAGCAGUUAUGUAAUUUCUUGGAUCAUUAAAACUUUGUCUUUUACAA